AUGAAGUUUGAAUACGUUUUUUCCACCUUACUGGCAACUGCUGCUUUAACUGAAGCUUCCCCAGUUAAUAUCUUUAAGAGAAAUCUAGCUGUUCGUAAUGUACACUCCUUAAAUGAAACUUAUUACAACAAGACUAACACAUCUUCUCAACCGGAAACUUUACAAUACGUUAUUGCUGGUAGCAAAUUAGCUGAAUCUAACUCUACACUAUAUAGUAAUUUCACCGAAGUUUCCAACUCUACCCGUGGAUUAAACUUCACCGAAUUAUAUGAUGUUGCUCAAAACAUCAAUACUACUUUAGGUUACUCUCAAACCAAGGCUGGUGUUGUUGUUACUAAUGAAAACACCAUUGAAUCCCUAGGUUUCUUAUCAUCUUUGUUAUUUGAAUCUGAAAAGCCAAUUGUUAUUGGUGAAGAUGCUUCUUUAGCUGCUAUUGUUGCUAAUAACACAAAUGCUGCUUCUCGUGGUCCAUUGGUUGUUAAGAACAAUGGUUAUAUCUACGCUGGUGCUUUAGCCCCAUCCUCUGACGCUGCUGGUGUUCCAUUAGGUUUUGUUUCCGGUGAACAAGUUAACUUUUUCUAUGAACCAUGUUUACCAUCUAUCAUUGCUGAAAACUCUACUAUCAGAACUAACUAUACUAACUUCACCUCCUUGGAUGUUACUGAAUACGGUGUAGCUCCAAUAGUCCCAAUUGUUUACGAUGCUGACUACUCUUCCCUAUUGAUCGAAGGUUUAGCUGCUGAAGUUCAAGGUUUAGUUGUUGUUUCUGCUAAUGCUACCGCCUCUACCAUCACAUCCGACACUUUACCAAUUGUUUACACUAGCCCAGACGCUCCAUUCGCUGCUGUUACUGAAAAGGAUAUCCCAGAAGGUGCCAUUGCUGGUGGUAACUUAACUCCAGUUAAGGCUCAAGUCCUAUUAUCUGUUGCUUAUGCUAAUGGUGUCACUGAUAUUGAAUCUCUAAAGAAGGUUUUUGCUUAG